UGACUCAUACAUCCUCUUUUGUCCGUGGGCAGUUGUCUUAAGAACAGAGGAAGGAGCUCUCAAAUGCUGUGUCAAUUCAGGGACUCAGUGGAACAAUGGAAUACCGUUCUGAGGUAGAAAAUUUGGAUGAAGAUGGUUAUACUCGUUUAGACUUCAGCUCUCAAGGCGUCACUGGGAGACAUGUGGUCUUAGAGAAAGGAACUUGUGCUACGUCUCCUUAUUGGCGUCCCAUUGCCGUGACCUUGGGAAUCCUAUGCUUGGUAAUACUGGUGGCAGCUGUGGUCCUGGGUACCACGGCUAUUUGGAGACCCAAUUCAGAGAGCAACCCAUUGAAGAAUGACAACUUUCCAUCAAGAAAUAAAGAGAACUACAGUCAACCCACACAAUCAUCUUUAGAAGACAGUGUGGCUCCUACCAAGGCUUUCACAACCACAGGAGUUUAUUCCAACUCUUGUCCUCCUAACUGGAUCAUACAUGAGAACAACUGUUACCUAUUUAGGACAUCAUUAGCUUCCUGGAAUAGCAGUAAAAAACAAUGCUCUCAACUGCACUCUAAUCUCCUGAAGAUAGACAGUGAAAAAGAACUGGAAUUCAUAAUGAAGCAAGCGUCCUCUCAACCCGAUAAUUCAUUUUGGAUAGGGCUUUCUCGCCAUCAUACUGAAGGACCAUGGCUCUGGGAGGACGGCUCGAGAUUCUCUUCUGACUUGUUUCAGAUCAGAAGCACAGAAAUUCAAGAAAACUCAUCUCACGAUUGCGUGUGGAUUCACCUAUCAAUAAUUUAUGACCAACUUUGUAGUUUGCCUUCAUACAGUAUUUGUGAGAAGAAGUUGUCAAUAAAAUGACGAGGCUGUUGAUGUAAAGAACAGAGAGCAGUAUGUAACAGCCAGAAGGGCAAAAAACAAAACGGGAAAGAAAGACACUGGAGGUCAGAAUAAAUGCUAAAAAUAAUCAAGAGAGCUUAGCCAGCUUCAGUCUUAGCUGAGAAACAGUAUGGAGAGUCUGUGAUGCUGUACUUUUCAACUGUUUUGGCAGACCAGCCUUACGUUCUAGUUAACAGAGCCCUACAUGUGGAGUAGGGACAGCUGAACUUCUAGGUCCAUUCUACCAUUGACUUAGCAUUAACCUGGAGUUAGCCACAUAUCCGUGGUGUUUCAAAAGGCUCUUUAUUUCUGGGCCGGCCAGACUCAUUUUUCUGUCCUUAAAAGGUGCCCCUGGAGUACAUGUGGUGUGUUCCCAUGAUGCUUUCUUCCACUUCUAGCAGUUUACCAGACACAAGUGGAAGGCAAAAUGUAUUUCUGAACAGCUGAAUGAAGAAAUGAGAAAGAACGUCUUCAUUACAAUCAGAGCUAUUCCAUCAUCUUGUUCAUCGAUGUGGUCACAGUUAUGAUCAAAAGCAUCAUGAGGGGCGCCUGGGUGGAUCAGUCAGUUGAGCGACCAACUGAAGCUCAGGUCAUGAUCUCACAGUUGGUGGGUUCAAGCCCCAUGUCAGGCUCUGUGCUGACAUCUCAGAGCUUGGAGCCUGCUUUGGAUCCUGUGUCUCCCUUUCUAUCGGUGCCUCUCCUACUCACGCUAUGUCUCUCUCUCUCUCAAAAAUAAAUAAACAUUGAAAAAAAUC